GCGGAGCUUUCACCCGCGUCACGGAACGAAGCUAGCGUCCGAAGCCCGACUUUUAUCACAUAUGGGCCAAAACUUGAUAGCAUCCAUCACGCACGUAAAUGUGGGUGAUGUUGUUGCCAUUAUUGUCUUGCUUGCCUUUUUCUGGCUGGAUUAUGCGCAGCGGCACGGGGAGUGGAUCCUUGGGGAGGGAGAGGUGGCGCCCCCGACGGUUGAGGAUAGAGGUCUGGGAGGAGGAGGAGGGAGAGGAGGGAGGAAGCCGUCUUCCUGCCUAUCUUGCUGACAUUGAUGGAGUCAUAGUCCGGGCCAG